UUAGGCUGUUCCGUUUUGACUCGUUUGCGCUUUGCUCCCUACUUUUUCCAUGGCUAGUAAUCUGAAGUGUUUUUCAUGCGAGGGGGAUGGUCAUUUCGCCAGGGAGUGUCCUUCCAGCCGUGCGAAUCCUCGAGACCCGGUCUCCAAUGGGGCUGCGACUCCUACGCGGACCACGCCGCGCUUCUGGACCCCGCGUCGUAAUACGGAAGACUUGGAAGAAAAAGAGUUCAUCCGGACUCUCCUUCAGGAGCGCAAGCAGCAGGAAGCACUCAAGAAGGAGAUGGAGGAUCGUCAACAUAUCCAGGAGCGGCUUAAGGUGGAAACGGCACGACAUGGUGAAGCUACGAAAGCCGAGUUGCUGGCUCUACUCGGUCGACAGUUUAUCGUGAACCGUGACGAAGCUAGGCGAGAGGAAAUCCGUUUGACACGUACGCCGCCCUCAUCCCGAAGAAGGGAGGUAAGAGAUGAUGACGUUGGUGAGGUGGAUGACAUUGAUGACGAAAUCAGACGACUGUACACUCUUCGGGAGAAAUGGAGGCGGGGUAAGACACCUCUGUUAGGGGGUGUGGCUUUUCGACAGCCAACCUUCAAUAUGGAUGGGUCUGUGGCGGACGAUGCUCGCACUCGUGCAGAGUGCUCCAGGCAGGCGGAAGAUAGGAGGAGGAAGGUACCGGCUGGUGGGGGACCGGAUGGUUUACUGAGACAAGCUCAUGUCGUUGCGGAGCGCUAUGUGCGUAUUAUAGUCUCACCUGGGGAUUGUUGGGCUGACAAGUGGUCGACAAUCCGAAGGGUCUUUGGUACUUCGCCUGUCUCUCUGGGUAACCGCUAUUCCUGUCUUUGUGAUGUCCGCCGGCCUUUGGAGGCGGGUGGUGACUUUCUCAUCGGUCCGUUGAUGAUAACACCUAACGGUAGGACUAUCCAGAAGGGCGAACUUCGACUUUUGCUCCAGCAGCUGUGGAGACGGAGGGGCUUGGGAAAGAGGUCCGUGGAUAGUUUGGUUCGUCUAUUCAAAGCAGCAAGGGCCUUCUCCGGUAAAGAUACCCGAGCGACUUUAAAGGCAGUCGUAGAUCUUGCGAUUAAGAGAAAGAUUGGUUUCGAUGUCCGUAGAAAAAUUGUGGUACGUGUCGUGUUUGAUCAUCGGCUGCAGUCCAGAUUUAUUUUGGACCUGGUGGUUCGGAUAAUAGAUGAUUCUGCUUUUCCAUUUUCCGUUCCUGAACUGGUCAAGAGAUGCAUACGCCUUGUAUGGAAAAAGAAUAAGAAGAUAGGGGAGUUGAUCUGGACGCAGAACCGGUUUGUGCAUGGGGAUGCGCCGGUAGAAUGUGCAUGUGAGGAUGAAAUUGGAUGGAGAAGGCAUGGGCUGCAUGUGAUGACUCGGAUUGAUGACAUUCUCUCUCUGCUGGAGCUUUUCCGGAAGUCACGGAACAUUCCUCUGUCUGAUCAUUAUAUGGGGAUCACUGGUCUGGGAAAGGAGUUGGUCGCGGUUUGCAGGAUACUUCGGUCUUCUUUUGUAAUUGACCCUAUUCUGUUGCGAGGAUGUUGGUCUGAUGAGCGGCCUAAGGAUCCUUGGUUGAACUCGUACAUGAGACCUUGGAUUGUGCGUUUGCGAUGGUUUGUUUGUGUCUCGAUUGAUCGGAACUUUGCUGAUACUUUGGUUAUUUGUGUAGUGUUGUAUCGACAUUUCUUGCGGAUUGCUUUUGAUUUUAAUCCCUCCUUUCAACCGACGGAAGAAUCCGAGGAUGAAAUCCUGAAGCAGAUGAAGGAGCUGUUCUGCGGUCAUGGGCUGAAAAGGUUGGGGAAAUGGGAUCCCAAGGGGUGUUUUGGUAAGGCUUAUGUCUUACCUAAGCAUAAAGAUCUCCUUAGAUGGUGUCCUAUCUCCCCGACUUUUACGGAGCCAACACGUCUGGCCUCCUCUCGGGUAGCUAGGGCGUUGAAUUGCUUGCUCUUUGCCUUGCCUCGGGAUUCGAACUUCAAUCUUAAGUCCGUUGAUUUGGUCACCUUUGGGCUACGCAAGAUGAAUGACAAACUUAGGCGCUAUCCGGACAUACUUCACGUUAUGUCGGCCUCCUUUGAUGUCAAGGACAUGUUUGUGUCUUUGCCUCAAGAGGAGAUUCGCGAUGCAGUCGCUUGGUUGCUACUUUUUUUUCGGAAAAAGGGAUAUAUGGGCGUUAACCUUGCUCGACGGGGGAAGGCAGCCUAUUCGUCAUUUGGUUCUCAUCGGCCUACUGUGUUCGAAUCUCUCUGCGAGAAAUUCAUGACAUGGUUGGUAUUGAUUUGAGUUUCACCUACAUUUGGUAUGAACAGAGAUUUUUGAAACAGAUUAUUGGGGUCCCGAUGGGGAUCUAGACUCUCUUUCGCGCUAGGUUCUGCUGCUUUUCUUCGGGAGUAUGGAUACUGGAGGCUUUGUUUGCCGAGAUCUCAUGGGUUCACCGUC